AUGAGAAUAUGUUUCCUAUAAUUCACAAUGUUUAAAGAAGAUAAUUUUAAUUAUUCAAAAUAUAGAACAGAAGUAUUAAGUAAUUCAUUUAAUAAAGAUAAUUUAAUACUAACAAAAGUAUUGAGUUCAAUGCCACUUUAUAAAUAAGAAGAAAUAUAUGAAUUAAAAAAAUAAGGUUUGAAGAAUUUCGCAGAGAUAUAAUUCAAAAAGGUAAGAAUAAAGAAAUAAGAAUAACCUAUUUUAAAAUGUAUUAGUGAUUAUUCUGUUGAAGAUUAAGCAAAAAUAGAAACUUCAAUAAUUUACAGUGAUUCUGAGAUAAUAACAAAAUCUGGUUUAAGGAUGAGGAGUCCAGAUGAAACAUUAACAUUUUUAAAAAACAAUUUUGGAGUAGUUGUUAGAUCUCCAUAAAAAUAGAGACUCAGAAGUAGAAAAGAAUUUGAAGAGGAAGAAAAAUAGAUAGAAAGAUAUAGAAUUAAAUAAUAUAAUGUGAAAGAUAAGUUGGAAUUAUAUUAUACAAAUUUAGACACAUAAGUUUAAUCAAAUAAAAAAAAUGAAGAACUAAUGAAAAUGACAUAAAAUAUAUAAAUAUGA